AUGUCGCCUUUCCUCACAAUUCAUCAAAUCCACGCCUUUUUUGGAAUCGGCCUGGAAUCAUCAGUAUUGUUCGCCUCCGAGGGCGCCCAAGUGGUGUGUGCUGACAUCAACGAUAAGGCAGCCGCAGCGACCGUCGAGAAGAUUACUUCGCUCUUUGGACAGGGCCGUGCGGUCUCGAUCCGUGCCGAUGUCAGUAAGGAGGAGGAUGUCAAGAAGAUGAUCCGCCUUGCUGUUUCUGAGUUUGGCAAGCUGAGCAUCGUCUUCAACAACGCCGGAAUCAUGCACCCUGCUGACGACAACGCCCUCACCACCUCCGAGGACAUCUGGGACUUGACCAUGAACAUUAACGUAAAGGGAGUCUGGUGGGGCUGCAAAUACGCCAUCGAAGAGAUGCGCAAGACCGGCGGCGGAUCCAUCAUCAACACCGCCUCCUUCGUCGCCCUCCGUGGCGCCGCAACCCCCCAACUCGCCUACACCGCCUCCAAGGGCGCCGUCCUUGCCAUGACCCGCGAACUUGCUGUCGUCCACGCCAAAGAAAACAUCCGCUUCAACUCCCUCUGUCCCGGUCCUUUGCGUACGCCUUUGCUGAUGGAGUUUUUGAACACGGAUGACAAGAAGAACAGACGGUUGGUUCAUGUGCCUAUGGGGCGGUUUGGAGAGGCGAUUGAGCAGGCCAAGGCGGCACUGUUCCUGGCGAGUGAUGACAGUUCUUAUAUGACCGGUACGGACUUUGCGGUCGAUGGUGGACUUUGUGCGGCGUAUGUUACUCCUGAGGGGGAGACCAUCUCCAACUCUCCUCAUGUCUCUUACCAGUAA